GCGCGCGGCUAAGAUUUGGGGCUGCUGUUAAGAUGGCGGCGGCGGGAGGCGGCUGGGCCUGGCGCUGACCCUCCCCCCAUCCCUGCCCUUCCCCGCCCCUCGCACCGGAGCGCUACCAGGAGCAGCGUGGGCAGAACUGGCUUGCACUGGGCCGAACCAGCGCCUCCUGGUCAGCACCAAGUCCCUUCUUUCCUUCGCUGGGGGUGGGAAUGGGGUCACCCUGAUGUCAAGAGGAUUUCUGGGGCACAGCCCUGAGUUCAGUGCCAGAGGGACUGGCCCCAAAGAAGUGCCACGCUAGUGACUGGGAGAGCAGCCCAGUUCGACGAUGGAUUGGCUGUGAUCCGAGGGUCAAACAGUGGAAUACAGCAAAGAUGAAAGUAGACCGGACCAAGCUGAAGAAAACGCCCACUGAGGCGCCUGCUGACUGCAGGGCCCUGAUUGACAAGCUCAAGGGCUGCACCGACGAGCAGCUGCUGUUGGAGCUGCAGCAGAUCAAGACAUGGAACAUUGGCAAGUGUGAGCUGUACCAUUGGGUGGAGCUGCUGGACCGCUUUGAUGGGCUGCUGGCCGAGGCGGGCCAGGCCGUGGAGGGCAUGAGCUGGCUGCUGGUGUGCGAUCGCCCCGAGCGUGCCCCCCUCAAGGCUCUACUGCUGGCCGUGCUCAACUUCACUGCCCUUCUCAUCGAGUACAGCUUUUCUCGGCACCUCUAUAGCUCCAUCGAGCAUCUGACAACACUGCUGGCUUCAUCAGACAUGCAAGUGGUGCUGGCUGUGCUGAACCUGCUAUAUGUGUUCAGCAAGCGCUCCAACUACAUCACACGCCUGGGCUCUGACAAACGCACGCCCUUGCUGGCCCGCCUCCAGCACCUGGCUGAGAGCUGGGGGGGCAAGGAAAACGGCUUUGGUCUGGCCGAGUGCUGCCGGGACUUGCAGAUGAUGAAGUACCCACCUAGUGCCACAACACUGCACUUUGAGUUCUAUGCCGAGCCAGGAACUGAGGUCAAGGUGGACAAGAGGGUAUCUAGUAACACGCUACAUUACAUCCACAUUGAACAGCUUGAUAAGAUCUCCGAGAGCCCCUCAGAAAUCAUGGAGUCCCUCACCAAGAUGUACAGCAUUCCCAAGGACAAGCAGAUGCUGCUGUUCACCCAUAUCCGCCUGGCCCAUGGCUUCUCCAACCACAAGAAGCGACUGCAGGCUGUGCAAGCCCGGCUCCAUGCCAUCUCCAUCCUCGUAUACUCAAAUGCCCUGCAGGAGUCAGCCAACAGCAUCCUGUACAACGGGCUCAUUGAGGAGCUGGUGGACGUGUUGCAGAUCACUGACAAGCAGCUUAUGGACAUUAAGGCAGCCUCGUUGCGGACGCUGACAUCCAUCGUGCACCUGGAGCGAACACCCAAGCUGAGCAGCAUCAUUGACUGCACAGGCACUGCCUCCUACCAUGGCUUUCUGCCUGUGCUCGUACGCACCUGCAUCCAGGCCAUGAUUGAUCCCUCAAUGGAGCCAUACCCGCACCAGUUUGCCACAGCGCUCUUCUCCUUCCUCUACCACCUGGCCAGCUAUGAUGCUGGUGGCGAGGCCCUUGUCUCCUGCGGCAUGAUGGAGGCCUUGCUCAAGGUGAUCAAAUUCCUAGGAGAUGAACAAGACCAGAUCACCUUUGUGACCCGGGCUGUGCGUGUUGUGGAUCUCAUCACCAACCUGGACAUGGCAGCCUUCCAGUCGCACAGUGGUCUGUCUAUCUUCAUCUACCGCCUGGAGCAUGAGGUGGAUCUGUGUCGCCGGGAGUGCCCCUUUGUCAUUAAGCCAAAGAUCCAGCGCCCGGCUGUUGCUGUCUUACCUGAAGGCGAGGACAUGGAGACCGACAUGGAGGUGUCGGACGUGGCAAUGGAGAGUAGUCCGGGCCCCUCCACCUCCAGUGAGCCUCAGGCAGAGACCCCAGCGGCUGCUCCAGAGCCCACAGCUCCCAGUGUUGUGGCUCCUGGGCCCAACAUUGCUCCCACGCUGUCCCCUCGCUCUGGGGCCCAGUGCAUCCCUCAGCGGGCUGCGCUGCUCAAGUCCAUGCUGAACUUCCUGAAGAAGGCCAUCCAGGACCCUGCCUUCUCCGAUGGCAUCCGUCAUGUGAUGGAUGGGUCUCUGCCCACGUCGCUCAAGCACAUCAUCAGCAAUGCAGAGUACUAUGGGCCCUCGCUCUUCCUGCUGGCAACGGAGGUGGUGACUGUGUUUGUGUUCCAAGAACCCUCGCUGCUGUCGUCGUUGCAGGACAAUGGGCUCACUGACGUCAUGCUGCACGCUCUGCUCAUCAAAGAUGUGCCAGCUACACGGGAAGUGCUGGGCUCACUGCCCAAUGUGUUCAGUGCCCUGUGCCUCAAUGCCCGCGGGCUCCAGUCUUUUGUGCAGUGCCAGCCCUUUGAGCGCCUCUUCAAGGUGCUGCUCUCACCUGACUACCUGCCUGCCAUGCGCCGGCGCCGCAGCUCAGAUCCCCUUGGGGACACGGCCUCGAACCUGGGCAGUGCUGUAGACGAGCUCAUGAGACACCAGCCUACACUCAAGACAGAUGCUACCACUGCCAUCAUCAAGCUGCUGGAGGAGAUUUGUAACCUGGGCCGGGACCCCAAGUACAUCUGCCAGAAGCCAUCGAUUCAGAAGGCGGAUGGCACAGCCACGGCACCCCCGCCCCGCUCACCUCAUGCUGCUGAGGAGGCCUCCAGUGAGGAUGAGGAGGAAGAGGAGGUGCAGGCCAUGCAGAGCUUCAAUGCCACCCAGCAGAGUGAGGCUGAGCCCAGCCAGCAAGCACUGGGUGCAGAGGAGCGGAUCCCCAUCCCCCUGAUGGAUUACAUCCUCAAUGUGAUGAAGUUCGUGGAGUCCAUCCUGAGCAACAACACAACAGAUGACCACUGCCAGGAGUUUGUGACGCAGAAGGGGCUCCUGCCUCUCGUCACCAUCCUGGGCCUGCCCAACCUGCCUAUUGACUUCCCCACCUCAGCUGCCUGUCAGGCUGUCGCUGGCGUCUGCAAGUCGAUCCUGACACUGUCACAUGAACCCAAGGUGCUGCAGGAGGGGCUGCUGCAGCUGGACACAGUGCUGUCAGCGCUGGAGCCGCUGCACCGGCCCAUUGAGGCACCAGGUGGAUCAGUACUGUUGCGCGAGCUGGCAGGUGCUGGGCAUGUGGCUGAUGCCACCCUGUCAGCCCAGGCCACACCCCUGCUGCACGCGCUCACCGCUGCCCAUGCCUAUAUUAUGAUGUUUGUGCACACCUGCCGUGUUGGCCAGAGCGAGAUCCGUGCCAUCUCUGUGAACCAGUGGGGCUCAGCACUGGGCCUGAGUGUGCUGGGCAAGCUGAGCCAGCUGUACUGCUCACUGGUGUGGGAGAGCACUGUGCUUCUGUCUCUCUGCACGCCCAACAGCCUCCCAGCAGGUUGCGAGUUUGGGCAGGCUGAUAUGCAGAAGCUGGUGCCCAAGGAUGAAAAGGUGGUACCUACGGCCAGCCAGGGGACCAAGAGACCUGAAGGGGAGACAGAAGGCACAGCAGGGGCAGUGGCGGAGCCUUCGGCCCAAGGGUUGCUGGAGGGCAUCAGCCUGGAGGGCGAUGCACUGGCCCCCAUGGAGACAGACGAGCCCACUGCUGCUGACGCCAAGGCUAAGGCCAAGAUCACACCUGCCAUGGCUGCCCGCAUCAAACAGAUCAAGCCCCUGCUGUCUGCCUCAUCACGCUUGGGCCGGGCAUUGGCCGAACUGUUUGGGCUGCUGGUGAAGCUAUGUGUUGGCUCACCCGUGCGCCAGCGACGCAGCCACCACGCGGCUGGUGCUGCCCCCGCACCCACACCUGCUGCCCGUGCCACAGCCUCAGCCCUCACCAAGCUGCUAACAAAGGGGCUGUCCUGGCAGCCGCCGCCCUACACCCCCACACCCCGCUUCCGGCUGACGUUCUUCAUCUGCUCGGUGGGCUUCACAUCACCGAUGCUGUUCGAUGAGCGCAAGUUUCCCUAUCACCUCAUGUUGCAGAAAUUCCUUUGUUCUGGCGGCCACAAUGCCCUCUUUGAGACAUUCAACUGGGCACUUUCGAUGGGGGGCCGUGUGCCAGUGGCUGAGGGGCUGGAGCAUCCUGAGCUGCCAGAUGGCACGGGCGAGUUCCUGGAUGCGUGGCUCAUGCUGGUGGAGAAGAUGGUGAACCCCAGUACUGUGCUGGAGUCACCCCAUGCCCUGCCUGCCCGUCCCCCUGGUGCCCCUGGUGGGCCCCAUUUCAGCCCCCUGCGCUUCCUUGUUGUCACCCAGAAGGCAGCGUUCCAGUGCAUCCAGCAGCUGUGGCACCGUCGCCCACUGCGGGUGUAUGGUGGGCGCAUGGCGGAGUCCAUGCUGGCCAUCCUGUGCCACGUGCUGCGCGGGGAGCCCCUGCUUCGCGAGCGCCUGGCCAAGGAACGCGAGGGUGCUCGAACCGAUGACGAGCCAGGCCCUGAUGAGCCCGGUGCCCGCCGUGACCCCCACGUCAACCCCCAGCAGCUGCAGCAGUUGAUGGACAUGGGCUUCCCACGGGAGCAUGCCAUGGAGGCCCUGCUCAGCACCAGCACCAUGGAGCAGGCCACCGAGUACCUGCUUACCCACCCACCCCCGUUGGCUGGUGCUGGUGUCCGGGACCUGAGCAUGUCAGAGGAAGACCAGAUGAUGCGUGCCAUUGCCAUGUCGCUGGGCCAGGACAUCCCUAUGGACCAGCGCGCUGAGUCCCCAGAGGAGGCAGCAUGCCGCAAGGAGGAGGAAGAGCGGCGAGCACGUGAGCGGGCGGAGGAGGAGGAGGCACGCUGUCUGGAGAAGUUUGAGGCAGCUGAGCCACUUGCGCCAGGCGAGCUGCAGGCUUUCACAGAGCACAUGCUGCCUGGCUGCGCCCAGCUGCUGGAUGAGCUGCCCGACACAGUCUACCGUGUCUGUGACCUGCUCAUGACAGCUGUGCGCCGCAACGGCCCUGCUUACCGCGACUCCAUCCUGCGCCAGGUUGUCAAGCAGGUAUGGGAGGCAGCUGAUGUGCUGAUCAAGGCAGCACUGCCCCUCACCACCAGCGACACCAAGACGGUCUCGGAGUGGAUCAGCCAGAUGGCGACUCUGCCCCAGGCCUCAAACCUGGCCACCCGCAUCCUCCUGCUCACCCUGCUCUUUGAGGAACUGAAGCUGCCAUGCGCUCGUGUAGUGGAGUCCAGCGGGAUCCUGACGGUGCUCAUCAAGCUAUUGGAGGUGGUGCAGCCCUGCUUGCAGGCUGCCAAGGAGCACAAGGAUGUCCAGACCCCCAAGUGGAUAACGCCAGUGCUGUUGCUAAUUGACUUCUAUGAGAAGACAGCUGUGUCAGCCAAGCGCCGGGCCCAGAUGAACAAGUACCUCCAGGCCAAUGGGAACAACUGGCGCUGGUUUGACGACCGCUCAGGACGCUGGUGCAGCUACAGCGCCAGCAACAACAGCACCAUUGAUGCAGCCUGGCAGGCGGGCGAGCCCAGCGUGCGCUUCACGGCCGGGCGGCGCCGCUACACCGUGCAGUUCACCACCAUGGUGCAGGUGAAUGAGGAGACAGGGAACCGUCGCCCCGUGAUGCUGACGCUGCUGCGGGCGCCACGAGCUGGGAAGGGCAAGAAUGGGGCUGAAUUGGAGCGGGCUCUGGACGAGAGCAAGGAGCCCGAGGCGGGUGCCAAGGAUGAUAAGGGGCCAGAGGCGUUGCCUGCCCCAUCCAGCCCCACACCAGUCCCAACCCUGGGGGAGGUGGCAGCAACAGAGGCGGCGGGGGUGGGCGAGGAGCUGCUGCAGGGGCUGCCGGCAGAUCUGGCGCCUGUGCUGCUGCGGGCCUGUGCCUCGAUGCUGGCGGUGCCAGUGGACCCCGACACAUUGCACGCCACACUACGUCUCUGCCUGCGCCUCACACGGCGCCAUGCCCACGCCCUGCUCUUCGCCGAGCUCCGCAGUCCUCGCACCAUCUUGGGUCUCACCCAGAGCUCCGGCUUCACUGGCUUCACCCCCCUCGUCACUCUGCUGCUGCGCCAUGUCAUCGAGGACCCCGCAACGCUGCGCCACACCAUGGAGAAGGUGGUGAGAUCGGCAGCCACGAGCGGGGCGGGCAGCACUACAUCAGGGGUGGUGUCAGGCAGCUUGGGGUCACGCGAGAUUAACUACAUCCUGCGGGUACUCGGCCCAGCUGCCUGCCGUGAUCCUGAUGUCUUCACCGAGGUGGCCACAGCCUGCCUGCGAAUCGCCCUGCCUGCACCCCGUGGCUCUGGCACUGCCUCAGAUGACGAGUUUGAGAACUUGCGUAUCAAGGGCCCCAACGCAGUGCAACUGGUGAAGACGACACCACUCAAGCCAACCACCCUGCCCAGCAUCCCUGACCCCAUCAAGGAGGUCAUCUAUGACAUGCUCAAUGCCCUGGCUGCCUACCACGCCCCUGAUGAAGGGGAGAAGGUGGAGGCACGGGCAGCAGUGCCAGUGCAGGAGCUGAGUCAGCUGCUGUCAGACGUGGGAGAUGACCUAGAUCAGCAGCUGCGUGGCUUGGCGCGGCCCCCCAGUGACUUUGAGCCCCCACCUGGCUUUGCCCUCAACACCCAGGUGUUUGGAGCAGACGGGUCAGCUGCUGAGACACCGCCCAGUGUGACGCCCCAGGGCGAGGGCACUGCCACGGAUGAGAGCAGAGACGGGCGCAAGGACAAGGAGGGUGAGCGGGAAGAGCGGGGCCGGGCACGGGGGUCACGCCCACUGCUGCCUACCUCCACCAUCCUGCGUCUGCUAGCAGAGCUGGUACGCUCCUACGUGGGUAUUGCCACCCUCAUUGCCAACUACAGCUACUCCGUCGGCCAGUCCGAGCUCAUCAAGGAGGAUUGUAGUGUGCUGGCCUUCGUCCUGGAUCACCUGCUGCCACACUGGCCAGCGGCCGAGGACAAGGACACGCCAGCUCUGGCACGGCUCUUCCUAGCCAGCUUGGCAGCUGCAGGCAGUGGCACCGAUGCCCAAGCUGCCCUUGUCAGCGAGGUCAAGGCUGCACUGGGCCGUGCCCUGGCCAUGGCUGAGAGCACCGAGAAGCAUGCCAGGCUGCAGGCGGUGAUGUGCAUCAUCAGCACCAUCAUGGAGUCGUGCCCAUCGGCUUCAAGCUUCUACAGCAGCGCAGCUUCCAAGGCGCCACACAAUGGGCUCAGCAACAUCAUCCGCCUCUUCCUCAAGAAGGGGCUGGUCAGUGACCUGGCACGUGUGCCCCACAGCCUCGAUCUCUCCAGCCCCAAUAUGGCAAACACAGUGAACGCAGCAUUGAAACCACUGGAGACACUAUCGCGCAUCGUGAACCAGCCCAGCAGCCUCUUCGGCACCAAGGGCAGCACCAGCAAGAGCAAGAGUGAGGGUGAUGCCCCCCCCAGCGCCCGCCCCCCUGGCACCAACCAGCCCCACGGGGAGCCAGGUGAAGCAGAGGCCCCUGAGGAUGGGGACACAGCACAAGCUGAGGUCCCUGAUGGUGACAUCAUGGAUGGGGAGGCCGAGGGCGACACCGUGGUCAUCGCUGGGCAGCCCGAGGUGCUGAGCACCCAGGAGAUGCAGGUGGAAAAUGAACUGGAGGACCUGAUUGACGAGCUGCUGGAGCGAGAUGGUGGCUCUGGCAACAGUACCAUCAUUGUGAGCCGGCCAGGCGAGGAUGAGUCCCAGGAGGAUGUGCUCAUGGAUGAGGCGCCUGCUAACCUGAGCCAGGCCUCCACGCUGCAAGCCAACCGUGAGGACUCGAUGAACAUUCUGGACCCCGAGGACGAGGAGGAGCAUACACAGGAGGACGACAGCAGUGGCAGCAAUGAGGAUGAGGACGACAGCCAAGAUGAGGAGGAGGAGGAGGAGGAAGAUGAGGAUGACCAGGACGAUGAGGAGGGGGAGGAGGGGGAGGAGGAGGAGGAUGAUGAUGAUGGAUCAGAGAUGGAGCUGGAUGAGGACUACCCCGAUCUCAGUGCCUCCCCGCUCGUGCGCUUCGAACGCUUUGACCGCGAUGAUGACCUUAUCAUUGAGUUUGACAGCAUGUUCUCCAGUGCUGCGGACAUCCCACCAUCGCCUGGUAACAUCCCAGCCACACACCCACUUAUGGUGCGCCAUGCUGACCAUGGCGCCCUGACGCUGGGCAGCGGCUCAGCCACCACACGCCUGGCGCAGGGCAUCGGGCGCAGCCAGCGGACACUGCGCCAGCUCACAGCCAAUGCUGGUCACACCAUCCAUGUGCACUACCCGGGCACGCGCCAGCCCAACCCACCCCUCAUUCUCCAGAGGUUGCUGGGCCCAUCAGCAGCGGCUGACAUCCUGCAGCUGAGCAGCAGCCUUCCGCUGCAGAGCCGGGGCCGUGCCCGCCUGCUGGUUGGGAAUGACGAUGUGCACAUCAUUGCCCGCUCUGAUGACGAGCUGCUUGAUGACUUCUUCCACGACCAAAGCACAGCCACCAGCCAGGCAGGAACCUUGUCAAGCAUCCCUACAGCCCUAACGCGCUGGACCGAGGAGUGCAAGGUACUGGAUGCCGAGAGCAUGCACGACUGCGUCUCAGUGGUGAAGGUGCCCAUCUUGAACCACCUGGAGGCGCUGCGGGAUGAGGAAUUGGAGGAGAGGCGCGAGAAGCGGCGCAAGCAACAGGCUGAGGAAGAUGAGGCCAAGGCAGCUGAUAAGGCCCCCGAUGAUCCUGAGCCUGCAGAGUCCAAUGCUCAGGGAGCCACUGUGCCAUCACCCAGCCCCGCGGAGCAGAGCUUGGCAGAGCGGGUGGGCACCUCGCCAGGUGCAGAGGGGCCUGAGGGCGGGGCCCAGGCGGGGCUGGAGCCAGGGCCAAUGCCAGGGACCGUGGGCGUGGAGCCAGGGGGUGCCGAAGGCCCCGGCACCCUGCUGCUGCCUGCUGAGGACCCAGGACCUGGGCGGCCCGACGCAGAGGCCACCCAGAUGGAACUGUCACCUGCCCCCACCAUCACCUCUCUAUCACCGGAGCGGGCUGAGGACUCGGAUGCACUGACGGCCGUGAGCAGCCAGCUGGAGGGUUCACCCAUGGACACCAGCAGCCUGGCCUCCUGCACCCUGGAGGAGGGCGGGGCUGAAGGGCCCCCAGGAGGCAGUGCCCCUGAGCCAGCCCCACCCACCCCCCCAGGUCCUACUCCCGUAGGCCCCGAAGGGCUGCCCCCAGGCCCCGAGGGGCAGGCUGAGACUGGGCACCCGGGUGAGGACAGCUCACCCCCAGCCUCGUCCUCGGAGAGCUCGUCCACACGGGACUCGGCUGUAGCUAUCUCAGGUGCUGACUCGCGUGGCAUCCUGGAUGAGCCACUGCCCUCCACCAGCAGUGAAGAGGAUGACCCCCUGGCAGGCAUCAACCUCCCAGAGGGUGUGGACCCGUCGUUCCUGGCAGCACUGCCUGACGACAUCCGGCGUGAGGUGCUACAGAACCAGCUGGGCAUCCGGCCACCUGCCCGGGCACCCCCUGCUCCUGCUGUCCCUGCACCCCCUGUUGUGGGCAACCCCAGCGUCACCGAGGUCAGCCCUGAGUUCCUGGCUGCCCUGCCCCCUGCAAUCCAGGAGGAGGUGCUGGCCCAACAGCGGGCAGAACAGCAGCGGCGGGAGCUGGCAACAGGUGCAAGCUCAGACUCGCCACUGGACCCGGUGACUUUCAUCCAGACACUGCCGUCAGAGCUGCGGCGCUCAGUGCUAGAGGACAUGGAGGACUCGGUGCUGGCUGUUAUGCCCCCUGACAUUGCUGCUGAGGCCCAAGCACUGCGGCGUGAGCAGGAGGCCCGGCAACGCCAGCUCAUGCACGAGCGCCUCUUCGGCCACUCCAGCACCUCUGCCCUGUCUGCCAUCCUGCGCAGCCCUGCUUUUACAAGCCGCCUGAGCGGAAACCGUGGGGUGCAGUACACACGCCUGGCCGUGCAGAGAGGUGGCACUUUCCAUAUGGGUGGCAGCAGCAGCCACAGCAGGCCAUCAAGCAGUGCAGUAGACAGCCUGCUGCGCCUCCGCGGCCGCCUGCUGCUGGACCAUGAGGCACUGUCAUGCCUGCUGGUGCUGCUCUUUGUGGAUGAGCCCAAGCUGAACACAAGCCGUCUCCACCGUGUGCUGCGCAACCUGUGCUACCAUGCACCCACCCGCAGCUGGGUCAUCCGCAGCCUCCUCUCCAUCCUCCAGCGCAGCAGCGAGAGCGAGCUCUGCCUUGAGACCCCCAAGCCUCUGCUGGCCUCUGCUGCUGCCCCCCUAGAGGACAAAGGAAAGCGGGGUGGGGCCAAGGCAGGUCCUGCCCCCUCACCAGAGCCCCGUCCCCUAGACCUCCUGCAUAAGAUGGAGGCCAAGAGCUCUGGGCAGCUGUCAUGGCUCUCUGUGUCCAUGGAUGCUGCCCUGGGCUGCCGCACCAACAUCUUCCAGAUCCAGCGUGGAGGAGGAGGGAUCGGAGCUGGAGGAGGGGGUGGAACUAGUGGAGGAGGGGGCGGAGCCAGUGGAGGGGGUGGGCGCAAACACACAGACCGCCAUGCCCCACCCCCUGGUGCCACUGUCCACAUCCACCCGCAGGCAGCACCAGUGGUGUGCCGCCACGUGCUCGACACCCUCAUCCAGCUGGCAAAGGUAUUCCCCAGCCACUUCACACAGCAGCGGACCAAAGAGGCGCCCUGCGAAAGCGAUCGGGAGCGGGGAGCCAAGCCCUUGGGCAGCCCCUCCCCUGGCCUGGCAGCUGGAGGUGGGGCUGGAACCACUGCUGCCACCCCUGCCUCUGCCACAGGGGGCAGCACUGGGAUCUCAACAGACUUCUGGGACCUGUUGGUGAAACUGGACAACAUGAAUGUGAGCCGCAAGGGCAAGAACUCAGUGAAGGCCGGGCCAGUGAGUGCAGGGGCCGAGGGUGAGAGCACGCCCUGCAGCCUGGAGGCCUCACCCCUGGGCCAGCUCAUGAACAUGCUGGCCCACCCUGUCAUCCGCCGCAGUGCUUUGCUCACUGAGAAGCUGCUGCGGCUCCUCUCCCUCAUCUCCAUUGCCCUGCCUGAGAACAAGGCCCCCACUGUGCCCCCACCUGCCCCUGCUGCUAGUGAGGGGCCAGCCACCAAUCACAACACUGCCCCUGCCGCUGCAGCUGCUAUCACUGCAGGCACCGUGACCUCAGCAGCAGCCAGUACCACUGGGUCAGUCAAGAGCAAGUCUCCAGCCAAGGCAAGUGAGGGUGGUGGUGGCAGCCCUGAAAACAAAAUGGCUGCCUCAGGCCUAACUGAGGGCCAGCUCCAGCUUUCUGUGGAGGUGCUGACAUCACACUCGUGCUCAGAGGAGGGGCUGGAGGACGCGGCCAACGUACUGCUGCAGCUGUCACGGGGGGACCCAGCCACACGCGACACAGUGCUGCGGCUCUUGCUCAGUGGCGCUCGCCAGCUUGGCUACACACUCUGCAAGCAGAUAGGGACACUGCUGGCUGAGUUGCGUGAGUACAACCUGGAGCAACAGCGGCGGGCACAGGGUGAGGUGCUGUCCCCCGACGGGCUGCCUGAUGAGCCAGCCCUCAGCGCCCGCAGCAAGGGCAAGAUGCAGAGCAGGUUCGACGUGGCGGAGAAUGUGGUGAUCGUGGCAUCACAGCGGCGGGCACUGGGUGGGCGGGAGCUGCAGCUGCCCUCCAUGUCACUGCUCACAGCCAAGACGUCCACGCAGCGGUUUUUCCUGCGUGUGCUGCAGGUCAUCAUCCAGCUGCGUGACGACACCCGCCGCGCCCACAAGAAGGCCAAGCAGGCCGCCCGUCUUGGUGGCUCCGGUGUGGGCUCAGCUAGCAGCAUCCAGGCCGCUGUCCGGCAGCUGGAGGCUGAGGCUGACGCCAUUAUACAAAUGGUACGUGAGGGGCAGCGAGCCCGGAGGCAGCAGCAGGCAGCAACGUCAGAGUCCAGCCAGCCAGAAGGGGCUACACGGAGGGAUGAGUCACCCAUGGAUGUGGAUCAGCCCUCACCUGCCACCCAGGACACGCAAUCAGUUGGCUCAGAAGGCUCUCAUGCUGGGGACAAGGAGAAGGAGGAGAGACCUCCAGAGCUGCCACUGCUGAGCGAGCAGCUGAGCCUGGAUGAGCUGUGGGACAUGCUGGGCGAGUGCCUCAAGGAGCUGGAGGAGUCCCACGACCAGCACGCUGUGCUUGUGCUGCAGCCUGCUGUGGAGGCCUUCUUCCUGGUGCAUGCAACGGAACGCGAGAGCAAGCCACCAGUGCGGGAUACACGGGAGAGCCAGCUGGCCCACAUCAAAGACGAGCCGCCACCCCUGUCGCCUGCCCCCCUCACGCCUGCCACCCCUUCAGCCCUUGACCCCUUCUUCUCCCGCGAGCCUUCAGCCAUGUACAUCUCAGCCAGCCUGCCCCCUGACACCCAGAAGUUUCUGCGCUUCGCUGAGACCCACCGCACAGUGCUAAACCAGAUCCUGCGUCAGUCAACCACGCACCUGGCUGACGGCCCCUUUGCCGUGCUCGUCGAUUACAUCCGCGUGCUGGACUUUGAUGUCAAGCGCAAGUACUUCAGGCAGGAGCUGGAGCGGCUGGAUGAGGGGCUGCGCAAAGAGGACAUGGCUGUCCACGUGCGGCGCGACCAUGUCUUUGAGGACUCGUACCGCGAGCUGCACCGCAAGUCACCUGAGGAGAUGAAGAACCGGCUGUACAUCGUGUUCGAGGGCGAGGAGGGACAGGAUGCUGGGGGGCUGCUGCGCGAGUGGUACAUGAUUAUCUCGCGAGAGAUGUUCAAUCCCAUGUAUGCAUUGUUCCGCACCUCGCCUGGUGACCGUGUCACUUACACCAUCAACCCCUCGUCCCACUGCAACCCCAACCACCUCAGCUACUUCAAGUUUGUGGGCCGCAUCGUGGCCAAGGCCGUCUAUGACAACCGCUUGCUGGAGUGCUACUUCACCCGCUCAUUCUACAAGCACAUCCUGGGGAAGUCCGUCAGGUACACAGACAUGGAGAGUGAGGACUAUCACUUCUACCAGGGGUUGGUCUACUUGCUGGAGAAUGACGUGUCCACGCUGGGCUAUGACCUCACCUUCAGCACUGAGGUGCAGGAGUUCGGAGUGUGUGAAGUGCGUGACCUCAAACCCAAUGGGGCAAACAUCCUUGUGACGGAGGAGAACAAGAAGGAGUAUGUGCACCUUGUCUGCCAGAUGCGGAUGACAGGAGCCAUUCGCAAGCAGCUGGCUGCCUUCCUGGAGGGCUUCUAUGAGAUCAUCCCCAAGCGCCUCAUCUCCAUCUUCACGGAGCAGGAGUUGGAGCUGCUCAUCUCGGGGCUGCCCACAAUUGACAUUGAUGACCUCAAGGCCAACACCGAGUACCACAAGUACCAGGCCAACUCCAUCCAGAUCCAGUGGUUUUGGCGAGCUCUGCGCUCAUUUGAUCAGGCCGACCGUGCCAAGUUCCUGCAGUUUGUGACGGGCACGUCCAAGGUGCCACUGCAAGGCUUUGCUGCCCUGGAGGGCAUGAACGGUAUCCAGAAGUUCCAGAUCCACCGUGAUGACCGCUCCACUGACCGCCUGCCCUCUGCGCACACCUGCUUCAACCAGCUGGACCUGCCGGCCUAUGAGAGCUAUGAGAAAUUGCGCCACAUGUUGCUGCUGGCCAUCCAAGAGUGCUCUGAAGGCUUUGGCCUGGCUUGACUCUGCCCCCAGACCCCCCCCCAGGGAGCGGGACUUGGCUGCCCAGGGGGUGGGGCCUUGCCUGACCCCACCUCUUUCCCUCUCCAGGUUAUUUUUCUACUGUCCAAGAUCAGGCAGCUUGGUUGGGGGUGGGGAGAAGGGGAUGUGGCUUGAUCAGGGAGGGGCGUGGCUUGUGGGUGGGGAAGGGGCCACCCUUCUGCUUCCCUUUUUAAGCUCCUCCUAAACUUCCUUUUAUGGCAAGGGAGGGGGACUGGCUGCUAGCUCCACCCUCCAGGGCCUGCAGAGAGGAGACAAAUGCUAUAUAUAAAUAUAUAUAUAUAUUUUUUGGUUUAGUUCUGCCCUUUUUUUCUUAAAAACACUUUGUGCUUGGAAUGUGGUUGCCGUGACUCCGAGCAAGCCCUGCCCCUUGGCCUCACCCCUAGCCCCAUAUCUUUGACCUCUGACCUCUGUACCCUCAAAAACAAGGGGGGGAGGGGUGCAUAUGCUGGUUCUUUUGGUUUGGCAGGGAAGGGGUUAAAGAUGACCCGAUUCUGGGGGGAAGGGGGAGUAACCCCUUCCCCUUUUUUGGCCCUGCCUACUGCCCUUUCUCUGCCCAGGAAAAACAGACACACAAAAGGACAAAACCCCCCUGAAAAUGUGAGGAAAAUGUGGGGGGGGGCGGGGAAUAAAAAAUAAACAUGAUCUUGGUAA